GUUUGGGCCGCUAGAAUUUUGCACUGUUACAGUUAACCCACUAUACAAAAGGCAAACGUUUGAAAUUCCCACCCAGUUAUGGUGAGCCAUGAACAGUUGAUGGUGCUGUCAACAGUGGGAAGAUAUUAAUUUAGAAAACAGCUUUGGGUAGAAUACACCAAUGAGUCUGGUUUGCAAGCAGUAUCAAGGUGAAGCAUCAAUUAAUUACGAGUAUGGUACGAUAAGUACCAGGAGCUGUUAUCUACCAGUUAACACAGCAUAGUUUUCUUGUGAUUUGUUCUCUGCUGCACCCAUUGCCUCCACCCUUGCUUCGUCUUUUAUUGCCAGUUUGAAAGGUUUCCUCUGAAUGUUUCUAACGAAGAGCACACAUAUCAGACGGACUGAACAGUUGGAACACAGCCUGUAUAUAGCACUCUGCUUGACCCAGACAACCACUUCAACUUGAGUGACUGUUAACAGCAGAUUCAAAGCAAGUUGCAAUGUCAAGGGAACUCGAAGCUGCUGACUCUGCUGUAGAGAAGCCUGUUGACAGUCCUCCCACUCCAAAAUACACAGACGGUGGCUAUGGAUGGGUUAUAUUAGCAUCUUGCUUCGUUAUAACUGGAUUGUCGACGUCCUUUGUGAAAACGUUUGGAAUAUUUUUUCUUGACAUCCAAGAAUACUUUGAUUCACUCGCCUUUAAGAUUUCCUGGAUCACUGCGAUCACUGUGGCUGUAUUUCACGUGUGUUGCCCGAUAGCUAGUGCUCUCAGUCUCCUGUUGUCGCACCGAGUCAUCAUCAUCAUCGGUGGCAUACUGUCGUCACUGGGACUACUGCUUGGAUCCUUCGGCUUCAGUCUGUUGGCAAUGUAUCUCACAACGGGUUUUCUCACGGGUUUGGGUAAUGGAUUUGCUUGGGUGCCCUCAGUCAGUCUGGUCACGCAGUACUUCACAGAACGGAGGCCACUGGCCAAUGCCAUUGCCAGUUGUGGAGAAUGUGUCUUCACCUUCAUCUUCACACCAUUCUACCAGUGGCUUGUUGACCAGAUGUCAUGGCGACAAGCAAUGAUAAUCAUCGCUGGAAUUCAGCUGAAUCUCUGUGUCUGCGGAGCUCUGAUGAGACCGUAUCAGGCACAGAAGAAAAGUCAGAAUGCUACGUCACCAUCUGCUGCCACCUCCGGGAACGAUUUGUGUGGCACAAGCACGAGACAAAAGAAGAACCUUGCACAUUUUUUUGACUUGCCUCUUCUGAAACAACCAAAGUUUAUCUGCAUGAUCUUCUUUGGGUUUUUCUCAGUUGUGGGCUUCUUCGUUCCUGCCAUCUAUUUAAUUCCUCAUGCCCAAAACAUUGGGAUCGAGGAUUUUCGAGCAGCUUUAUUGAUGUCUUACUGGUCAGCAGGUGACCUCAUUGGGCGACUUGGGUGUGGUUGGUUGGCCAACUUGCGCCUAAUGAAAUCAAUCCGCCUGACAACAAUCAUGGUUACAAUUUUGAGCAUAGCUCUCUUGAUUUUCCCUGUAGCUAAGAGUUACACCCUGCUUGUCAUCUUCAGCUGUAUUUCUGGGUUCUUCUUUGGGACCAUGUUGGCCCUUAUUGUCACCCUGCUGACUGAUGUGAUGGGUGUUGACAAGCUGGACAAUGCACUCGGGCUGAUUAUGUUCUUCAGGGCAAUUGGGUGCCUUCUUGGGCCUCCACUGGCAGGGUUUCUGGUGGACAUUACAGGAGACUACGGUAUUGGGUUCUAUGUUGCUGGAGGAGGGCUGUUAAUUGCAGUUGCCUUCCUCAUUCUAGCUGACUACUUCUUGAGUCAUGAGCAGAAGUACAGCCAAAACACAGUGAAACAGAUGGAAAAGUUUAUUUCUGAAUGUCAAUCCCAGGAAGAUGUAGAGAAAGAAAAGCUUGGCACCGACCAAACAGAGAGAGAUCCAAUGAAUGAAGUUUCUGAAAAGUAAACCUGUGCAAUGUUUAGACUUUCCCUUUGGAUGAAUCACUUCACUUGUGGAUCUUGCAGACAUGGUGAUGAUGUGAAACAUUCUUAGUGUUGGCACACAUAAGGAUGUAAGUUUAAGGCACUAUGACAAAUAGCAAAAGUUCAUAUCACUACCGUGUACCAUAGCUCCUCAGUGAGUGCCAAGCAGGCCAGUUGAAGAAGUUGGGCAUUAAGUUUUCAUUAAAUUUACCAUUAAAAGCGAAAUAUUUUGGAAA